CAUGACCCAGUUGUUGCAUUGGAUAAUUUAUUCGCGGUUUCAAAUGUAAAUCCAAAAUAAUAGGGAGAAGAAAAACAGGAACCAAUGUUCAUCUUUAGUAAUAGUCCUCAUUGUUCCUCAGUUAUCACUAUAAUUUUCCUUUUUCUAGCUAUAUCUAAUGCUUUUGAACUAUCGUUUAGAUUUACUACAAUUGGCCUAAAUGAUUCCGACAUCAUAUUAGAAGGUGACGCGUUUCUGUCUGAUUCCGGCAUCCAGCUUAAUCCGAACGAGGUUUGGAAGCAAGGCCAUGCCACAUAUGCUUCUCCUAUGCAUCUCUGGGAUAAAGCUUCCGGGGCUCUUGCUGAUUUUACGACAAACUUUUCUUUCUCUAUCAAUGCGCAGAAUAAUGCAUCACAUGCAGACGGAUUCGCCUUCUUUAUAGCUCCUCAACGAUACAGAAUUCCAGAUCAACCGUCUGGUAGCGGUAUAGGGCUUGCUUCUUACGAUAUGGUCUUAAACUCGACAAAUAAUCCAUUCGUGGCUGUGGAGUUUGAUACUUUCUAUAAUAAUCCGUUUGACUUUUAUAACGAAGAUCAUGUCGGGAUUGACGUUUACUCCUUACUGUCUUCGACAAGUACGAGAUGGUAUAGUAGUGUUAUGGAUGGCAGAAGAAUGGAUGCUGGAAUUAGUUACAAUUCUGAUAAACAAAAUCUAUCAGUUACCUUCACAGGAAUCAAGCCAGGAAAUGUUACAGUUGAGCAGCACCUUUAUCAUGAAAUUGACCUAAGAAAAUACUUAUCAGAAUGGGUUGUUUUCGGAUUCUCAGCUUCGACAGGAACAAAAUCGGAGUUCCAUACUAUUCAUUCAUGGUCCUUCAGUUCAAUCCUCCAAGAACAUGUAAAUAUAACAUCUUCUGUCAAAGAUGGUGGUAUAUUAGUUAAAGGGUCGUGGCUGUGGGUUCUAAUUUCCGCUUGCGGUCUAGUAUUACUCGGUGGAAGUUCGUUUUCGAUCUGGUUCUUCUGGUAUAAGAAGAGGAUUGGAGGACAACAGGAUUCCUUAUUUCAUGUUCGGAAUGAAUUUGAAAUGGUGAACGGAGCGAAAAGAUUUUCACUCCAUGUCCUGGCUGCUGCGACAAACAACUUUGAUGUGAAAGAUAAGCUUGGUGAAGGAGGAUUUGGUUCGGUUUUCAAAGGUUACUUGAAAGAUCGGAAAAUUAAUGUUGCUGUUAAGAGAGUAUCAAGCGGAUCUCUUCAAGGCGCAUCUGAGUAUGCAGCUGAAGUAAUUAUCAUUAGCCAGCUGAGACAGAGAAAUUUAGUCCAAUUAAUCGGUUGGUGUCAUGAAAAAGACGACUUGUUACUCGUAUAUGAAUAUAUGCCUAAUGGUAGUUUAGAUUUCCAUCUCUUCUGCUGCGAAAACUUGUUGAAUUGGGAUAAAAGGGACAAAAUUGCUCGAGGCUUAGCUUCUGCGCUGGACUACCUGCAUCAAGGGUGGAGAAGAUGCGUGUUACAUCGAGACAUAAAGCCGAGCAAUGUGAUGCUGGAUUCAGAAUUCAAUCCUAUGCUUGGAGAUUUUGGAUUAGCACGGCUUGUGGAUCAUCAAGACAAUCGCUCUCAAACAUUACCGGGAGGAAGUCAUGGAUACAUAGCUCCCGAAUGUCUAGAGACAGGCAAGUCGAGCAAAGAAUCAGAUGUGUUCAGCUUCGGUGUUGUUGCAUUGGAAAUUGCUUGUGGAAAUAAACCAUUCAUGCAAAUCGGAGAAGACGGAAGGCAAGUACAUAUUGUAAAGUGGGUAUGGGAGUUUUAUGCAAAUGGCAAAACUCUGAAUGCAGCAGAUAAAAAGCUUGAUGGUCAUUUCAUUCCCGAACAGAUGGAAAGAUUGAUGAUCGUCGGGUUAUGGUGUGCUCAACCCGACAGUUCUGCUCGUCCUUCGAUUAGGGAAGCAAUUAAUGUCCUGAAUUUUGAAGCUCCAUUGCCUCUCAUUUCAUUAAAAGUUCGAGAACUAACUGCAUAUAAUCUUUGUUCAUCGCAAGUCUAGUUUUGGGAGCUUUUAUUGAAAAGAACACGGAAAGGAUCGAAUUUUUUUUUCGUAUUGAUAGAAUCUGUAGACUCGAGAGUCUAUAUUUCUAUUAAUUUUCUGAUUUAAUUGUAUCGAAAAAUGCAUCUUAUAAUCGUGUGCGAUUCAAUAAUUUAUAUGUAGUUUACUUUUUUUU